CGACAUACUGAAUCUGAGAGCUACGUUGCUUCUUCCUCAAUCUCCCUCCUCCUCAACUAACUUUCUUCCUCCUUCAUUUUCGCCGAUCUUCUUUCUCACUUUCUCUCACUCCCAUUUUUUCUCUCUCUAAAACCUCCGAACGAGCUCAAACAUGGAGCUCAGACUCCAAGCCCAACGACUCUUCAAUGGCUCCGCACUCUUCUUCUUCUUCCUGCUCUCAUUCAUCGCCAUUAUUACCGACGCCUCAAUUCACGUCUACAACAACGAAACCUUCAGAGAAGUCGGCAAUUCUUACCUUCUCUCUGGCGGUAGCGAAGGCAUUGCUGCUUCUCUCACCUCCGCCGCCGCCGACGAUUCCGACCCGUCUACGAUCCACGAUGGCCGGUCAUAUAUCAGAUUUGAAAACAUCAAAUUUUGGAGGAGCAAGGCUGCUGCUGACGAACAGUCGGAUAUGGAACACAGUACUGGGUUGGUACAAAUUAUAAUUUUUGAGGCAGCUGACCGCAAUAAUAUUGGUGGCUCAGCUUAUGGUGGACAAAGAGCUAUAUGCUGCACCCCUGAUCUGGCUAAGAUUGAAGGUUGUAAACAAGGUGAAGUCCUUAGGGUACCUUCUGCAACAGAUAUUAACUGGCCUAUUAUUCUGAAUGCACAGUUUAGUGGAAAUUCUAUAGUUGCAAGUAUGGAAAAUAAUGAGGUUCCCAUCACGAAAACUGGAAUGUAUAACUUGUUUUUUGUAGCAUGUGAUCUAAAGCUCAAGGGUCUUACAAUGAACGGAAAAACGUCAUGGAAAAACCCUGAUGGUUUUCUUCCUGGUAGGAUGGCUCCUUUGAUGAAAUUCUACGUGUAUAUGUCACUUGCUUAUUUCUUGCUUAGUUUGAUUUGGUUCUCUCAGUAUGUGAGGUUUUGGAAUGAUGUUCUGCAACUUCAACAUUGCAUUACAGCUGUAAUUGCUCUUGGUUUUUUCGAGAUGAUUCUUUGGCAUCUUGAAUAUGUACAUUUUAAUAAUACUGGAAUGAGGCCAGUUGUGCUUACAACAUGGGUUGUGACAAUUGGAGCUGUGAGAAAAACAAUUUCUCGUCUCCUUAUCCUCUCCGUUUCAAUGGGUUAUGGUGUUGUGCGACCUACCCUUGGUGGUCUUACCUCGAAGGUGCUUGUUCUUGGGGUAACUUAUUUUUUUGCCACUGAAUUGCUGAAUAUUUCUGAGUAUGUGGGAACCAUCAAUGAUAUAUCUGGACGAGCAAAACUCUUUUUGGUUCUGCCCAAUGCAUUUUUGGAUGCAUUUCUGAUAUUGUGGAUCUUUACCUCUCUCUCAAAAACACUAGAGCAGUUACAGGCAAAGAGGAGUUCUGUAAAGUUGGAUAUAUAUAGAAAGUUCUCCAAUGCAUUGGCAGUUACGGUGGUUGUCUCAGUUGCUUGGAUAGGUUAUGAGGUAUACUUCAAAGCAACAGAUCCGUUUAACGAAAGGUGGCAGAGUGCUUGGAUCAUCACUGCUUUCUGGGACGUUCUUGCAUUUGCUUUACUCUCUGUUAUCUGCUGUCUCUGGGCCCCAUCUCAGAGUUCUCAACGGUACGCUUACUCAGAGGAAGUGGGAGAAGGUUCUGAUGACGAAGAAACUCAAUCUCUAACUGGGGGAAAGUCCGACGGUGAUGUCAGCUUAGUAAAGCAAGAGAAAAAAGAGAAGAAAGCCGGGGACGAGGAGACCUAUGAUGAAGAAGAUGAUUCCGAAGAAGAUAAGAGGGAAUGACUGCCAUUUUUUUUCUCAUUCUAUUUUGCGGUGCUCUCCUAUUCUUGCAGGCUCAAAGCAGAGUUAAUGAUCAUCACACUACUCAUGUGACAUGUGAUGUAUUCUUUGGAGAUGAUAAUCCUUCCACUUUGGUUGAAGAGAAGAGGAUUUGUAAAAUUUUGCUAUAAACUGAAUCACUUUAGGCUAAGAUUUGUAUUUGUUCAAAUGUUAGUUUUGUUUCAUUGUGUAUGUAAAUCCCAUAUUAUUUCAGAAAAUUGUUUUUGUGAUUAAUGAAAUUAACGAAAAACCUCAACUUUACCUCUUAACAAAA